CAAGCUGGUCGCGCAGGUGGCCGCCAAUAGCGUACCUAUUUGAGGAGGACGGUUAGAACCAAGGAAGUGUGAGGAGUGAAGGGUUCUUCACAAGAAUACUUUUUCCCGCUUUCCAAGUGGUUGCUACAACAAUGUCUUGUCGCUCUCUGACAAAAGAAUGCUUUGAAGGGGGGCCGGUCAAAACAAUGCGGCCUCUGUAUCUUUUUGACAGCCGCAGGGGCCUCUAGAUUCGUCUUAACCAGGUCAGAGUAUCAGUGUACGACCGCACCUGCAACUGAGGAAUCACGUGGGCGUUUGUGCACGGUGCACCAGCCAGCCAAUGUUUGUUUGCCUGAGCUGUCUCCAGCAACUUCUUCAGGUCAGCUGAUUGCCUAUGUGCAGCUUCCAGCCUUACGGCAUUGCUAAUCAUCUUGCGCUCCAGACGACAUAGAAUGCUGCAAUGACUCAGGGGCGGUCUUUGGGACAGUCCUUUCUCCAGUUUGGCUCACUAGUUAGUCUGAUUUAGCUCUCAGAUUUAUGCAUUACAAGCAUGGAAGGAGAGCGGAGAAGAGAGGGGAUUGAUGGUUCAGGCGGCAGAGCUGCGGAAGUGGAUCCUGCGCUUGACUUCUUCUCGGAGCUGUUUGACCCGCUGUGUGCGCUGUACACGGUGGGCCUGCAGCCGCCCGCGCCGCGCGUGCAGCCGCUGGACAACCUCAACAAGUGCCGCAGGAUCAUCCCCGAGGUUGUUCCUGAGUCUCUGGCCAAUGUGGCGCCCCGGGUGCCCCGCUCUCAGGAAUCCAUUGCGGCGCAGCAACGGGCCAAGGCGCACAAGAGUGUUCGGCUGGCGGCAGCAGCAGAGAAGGAGCGCGGCAAGGAAAAGAUCCUGGACAAGAUUGCAGCCUCGUGCGGCGAGGGCCCCCUGGCUUUGCUGCAGCGGUGCUACGCGCAGCGGCGGCCGGUGCAGGUGUACACGCGGCACCGGCGCGGCCUGCGCGGCACCGCCACUGGCUUCCUCAAGGCCUUCGACAAGUUCUGCAACCUGGUGCUGCAGGACGUCGAGGAGAGCUACUCAGUGUUGACGGAGGCCCCGCGCACGGUGUGGGUGAAGGCCGGGGCGGGCCGCGGCAGCGGCGCAGCGGGCGGCGGGGCGCGCGUGCAGGAGGAGCGGCUGUUCCCCAAGCUGGAGCACAGGAAGCGGCACCUCAACCAGGUGUUUGUCCGCGGGGAUAACGUGGUGCUCGUGACCGCUGCUGAGCGAUAGCGCGGCCCCUGGACGCGCGGCUGGCGUGACCCAUUCUCCGCAACCCGCCAUGCCACUCUUCCCGGCACGGUACCGAAGGGUUGGGCAGUCAAGAGCAGGAAUCCGCAGUGGCAAACGCCCACCUUCGGGCCCGCUGCGAGCGCGUUCGCAGAGUGGAGGCGCGAAGACCCCUGGCCGAUGCACGGGCCCCGUGUGGUCGCCGGUGACAUCCAGCAGAUGCAGGGGCGGCUGCACCAGCGCGUAUGCUGGUGCCUUUGUCCAGUGGGGGCCAUCGGGCAUCUUGGAACAUGUCAAGCUGCAGAUGACGCAGUUAUGCGAUUGAGACCGGUACAUAAGUCCGGUCAUUUGUCCAGCCUCUGCUCGUCGGUCGCCAAGAGCUGAUCGUUGGGCAGCUUAUGCACAAUCGUGCUACUUAUCAGCCGCGAGUUGGGUAGAAAAUGGUGGGCAAAUUGAAGCGGCCAGUGCUACGUUCUGACCGGCAGGGCGCAAUCCGGACGUGAUUAUUGGUAUCGACUGUGAAUGAGGAUCACGCCGAACGGAGCGAAUUGAGCACGACUAUGAUCUAUUGCAUCUGCAAGUCAGUCCGAGUCGGGGAUCCCACUAGCUAGCUAGCUUAGACAGUUGGUUAGCACGGUCUUGUCGGAAAUGAGCUCACAUGUUACUAAGUGAGACCAAACAGCCACUGGCACUAUGCAUCAAUUUCUGGUAUAUAUUCAAG